GGACCGCGAGAUCGUGACCUGGCUGAAGUCGGACGCUUAACCAACUGCGCCACCCAGGCGCCCCAGGUUAAGUACAUUAUUAACUUUGAUUUCACCUCUUUCUUUUGCUGGAUAAUGUUUUAUGUGGCUCACAUUCUAUUUCUACUGGACAGCUCUGUUACAGGUACCAUUUCUAUAUUUCCCAGAAGCCUCCAAAGCCUUCUUCUCUUUGUGCGUGUCCCCAUAUUUGUGUUCCCCUCAAGAUGUUCUUUCCCAGCCUCUCUUCCUAGGAAGGGAAGUUGUGCCCUUCCCAACCUCAGUCCUUUCUUCCAGACAGCCAGCUGUCAGCUCCUCGCUCACUGCCUUUUAGCAGUAGCUCUCAUGGGUUCAUAUUAUCUAACAGCUGUUUGUUUGUCCUAGCGGUCACCAAUCACCAGCUCCUAGAGGUCCAGAGAGUGUUUAUGUAGCUUUCUAUCCCUAGCCCUGUGUUACUUCCCAGGUCAUCAAGUGAACUUAGGAAGGCAUCUAUUGAACGAACACAAUAAAAGAAAGAUUAUAUGAAAGGUAACUGCUCGUCCAAUGAGUUACGUAGAAAAUGAUUAUUUUUAGGAAGUCUGAGGAGAGAAAGACUGUUUUCGCUCCCGCUAUAGCCCCUUAUUCGGCAAAUGCGGUGGGGAGAGUGAGAGAGGAGACAACAUUUGCCAAGCCUGUGAAUAUGGCAUCUGGGGAGCUCUCGGUCAUUCUGUUUGCUGAUGAAGGAGUAUAGUCCGGAAAGAGAGCCAAGGUGGAGAUGGAAGCAGGGAUGAGCUGCAAAGGGAGCUGCGGGGAAAUAAGGGGCAGAGUCCACACAGGAUUAUCGUGAGUCUGGUUUCACUUGGGGGGUGAUGGAGAAGGGCUUAAGGGCCAUAUCCAGGUUGGUCGUGCGGUGUGCACGACUUUGUCUAAUGCUGUGCUGUGACUUUAUCCUGAUGUUCAACAGAAUCUGAAGCUGUUCCAGAAUCAGCUGUGUUCUUGGCUUACAAAGAGUGACACAGUGGUUAAGAGAAUGAACUUUGGCAUCUGACUAUCCACCAGCCUGGCUUUGUGAAUUCAGUCAAGUCAGUUAACCUUUGUGGCCUUCAGUCUCCUCAUCGGACAAACGAGAAGAACGAAAGAUGAUACUUGGAAAGCAGAAUGACCUCAGAAAACACCUCUGGGCCGCACACGUCAGGUAAUCCCAAGGGAGAUAAGAAGCACAGAGAAAAGAAGCUUCGUAAGGAGUCAGAAGUGGACUUCCCUGAAGACAAAGAGCAAAAGCACAGGGACCCAGACCGAGACACCAAGCACAGAGAGAGGCCUGCUGAGAGAGACGGUCACGCGUCCAGAGAGAACCCUCGUGGGGACAGAGACCGAGAAAGCCAAGGGAAAGGAAAAAGGACUCCAGAGACCGGGACAGAUAAAGGCACAAAGAGAAUACCGAGAGCAGGACGCGAGAAGUCUCACAGUCGAGGAAAAGACAGGGACAAGGACAGAGAGCGCAGAGCGAGGAGGGAGGAGCCGAGGCAGACGGCCCAGCACAACCUGCUGGGCUGGCAGCUCCCGGAGCCGGCGGAGCGCAGGGCGCGGGCAGGCAGCAAAGCAAGAGCGGAAGAGAAGGAGAGGAGAGACGAAGGCUCUGAAUGGGGGGACGAAGAGAGGGAGAGGCGGUACCGAGAAAGAAAGCUGCAGUACGGUGACAGUCAGGGCAAUCCUGUUCAGUACUGGCUUUACAAAGAAGGAGGCGAGCGGAGACACAAGAGGCAGAAAGAAGCAGAUCGAGAGCGGAGACAUCGAGAAAAAAGCAGCGUGAGGGAAAAAAGAGACAAGCACUCAAGAGAAAAAAGUAACUCGUUCUCUGACAAGGAAGGGGAAGACAGACACAGAGAGAAGCGUCACAGGGAAGGCGCUCGUCUCGACGAAGAGAGGCACCCCGGUGACACGGGUAGAAAAGAGAGGUCGUCAAGAGAGGAGCUGACGAAAAGAGAGUCCAAGGACAGUGAGCACAGAAAUCGGGGUGCAAGUUCAAGGAGAGAUCCGACCAGCAGCCAGGAAGGAUCAUGUGCUCUCUGGUAUGCAGAGAGUUUAGUAAGAAAUAAUGGAAAAGAUAAAGACUCAAGAAAGAAGAGCUGCCGAGAGGGCUCCACGGUGUGGAAGCAGGCUCUGAGUCCAGGAAGUGCAGAAAUUGCGGAAAUUGAAAAGGAAGACACUGAUAUAGAAAAUGCUGGAACUGAUGAAUAUACACCUUGUUUGGAAGAUGAUUUUGAAGACUACGAAGAUGACUUUGAGGUUUGUGAUGGAGAUGACGAUGUCUCAAAUGAACUGGAACCAAAAGAGAAAAUCGAAGAGCUUCCUCUGGCUAGAAAAAAGGAGAUACAAGAAAUUCAGGAAGCCAUUAAUGCAGAAAACGAAAGGAUUGGCGAGUUGUCCUGCAAACUGUCUCAGAAGCGAGGUCUGACGGAGGGUGAGAGGGAGGCAGAGACAGAUGCGAACAGUUCCCCUUCCAGAGCCCCUGUUUGUGGAAUUUUCAUGGAUUUUGCAACAGCCUCACGCCGACAGAAGAGUCGGACUCAGGCCCUUAAGCAAAAGGCACGCAGUACAAAACUGCUUCGGCUCAUUGACUUGGAUUUUUCACUCACUUUCUCUCUCUUGGACCUACCACCAGUAAAUGAGUAUGACAUGUAUAUCAGAAACUUCGGGAGAAAAAACACCAAGCAGGCAUAUGUUCAGUACAAUGAAGAUAAUGUUGACAGAGACACCCAGACCGAAGAGGUAGAGACCAAGGGAGUGUGGAGCCAGCACCCGGCAGAGGGCACGGCCGUGUCAGGGGGGAGUGGCAGUGGAGAUCCCUGUGACACCGGUGCCCCGAAGGUCAACACGCCCAGGCUGUCCCGCUUCCUUCGGGCCGCUUGCCAGGUGAUUGCGGUUUUGCUGGAAGAGGACCGUAUGGCAGCGGAGCCCAGCUGGAGCCCCGCAGCACAGGACAGCGCCCUGCGUAUCAGUGACAGCGCCUCCCAGCUGAAUACCAGCCUGCCGUUCCUCCAGAAUCGGAAAGUGUCCUGCUUGUGUGCCUCUCAGGUGCAGAGGCAGACAGUGGUAUCUGUCCACGGGCCGCCCGGAGCAGCAUCUGAUCCCGCGCUGGAUGGCAGACACGUGCUGUGUGUGUGGGAUAUCUGGCAGCCUUCAGGGCCGCAGAAGGUCCUGCUAUGUGAGUCAGAGGUCACGUGUUGCUGCUUUAGCCCUUUUAAAGCCUUUUUACUGUUUGCCGGAACGGUGCACGGCUCAGUCCUCGUGUGGGACCUACGAGAAGACUCCAGAAUACAUCACUAUGUGAAGCUGGGUGACUGCUUCUGGACGUUCAGGACAGCAACAUUUUCUACUGACGGCCUCCUGACUUCAGUAAACCACCGCGGUCCUGUUCAAGCCGUAGAACCCAUCUCCACGUCUGUCUACAAAAAACAGAGUUUUGUGCUUUCCCCCUUUUCUACCCAAGAAGAAAUGUCAGGUUUGUCGUUCCACGUUGCUUCCCUGGAGGAGAGUGGGGUUCUCAACGUUUGGGUGGUGGUUGAACUACCGAAGGCAGAUCUCGCAGGCUCACUAAGUGACUUAGGUUUAAUACCUGGAGGGAGGAUAAAAUUGGUGCACAGCGCCACGAUUCAGCUGAGCGACAGCCUUUCCCAUAGACGCUAUGAAUUCUGGGGGGCCGCACAAACCCUCAGUGUGAAGUUUCUUCCUUCAGAUCCUGGUCACUUCAUUGUUGGGACAGACACGGGUCUUAUAAGUCAUGGCACCAGACAGGACUUGAGAGUAUCUCCCAAACUGUACAAACCCCAGCAAUGUGGGAUGAGACCAGUCAGAGUGCACGUGAUGGAUUUUUCACCAUUUGGAGAACCAAUAUUCUUGGCUGGCUGUUCCGACGGAAGCAUCAGGCUGCAUCAGCUGACCAGCGAGCGCCCUCUCCUGCAGUGGGACGGUGGCACCGAUGGCCGUGCCAUCACGGGCCUGCGCUGGUCCUUGACCAGACCUGCCGUGUUUCUGGCCCAGGAUGACACUUCCUGCAUUUAUAUUUGGGACCUCCUGGAAAGCGAUUUGGGUCCUGUGGCCAAACAGCUGAUCUCUCCGGACAAGCUGGUGGCCAUGACGAUCGUGGGUGAGGCAGAGAAGGCCAGCGGCGGCUUCCUGGCCCUGGUGCUGGCCAGGGCCUCCGGCAGCGUGGACGUCCAGUUCCUGAAGAGGGUGUGGGCGGCCCCCGCGGGAGACGAGCUCGGGAGGCUGCGGCUGCUCUUGCGGGGAGCCCUGUAGGAGGGGGCGCGGUAAGAUGGCGGGCGCAGGCCGCCUGGUGACCGAGCGUGAAAGGUGUAGCUCCGUCCGCGGGCAUGUGCGUUGAUGUAGAUAGAAGACGGGUAUUCUGUAUGUAACUUACUCUACGAGAAUGUCACCUCACGUUCCCGGGAAAUAAAUCGCUAUUUUUGAAUGGAAACAACAAACAUUUGAGUGCACACUGAACUUGAGAGGAAACAGUCAUGGCAAUCAUGCUCUUCUCUGAGUAUAUUUCCACUUAUUUUUGGAACAGGUUUAAAAUAUUGGCACACUUAUAUUUAAACAAUCCCCCAUGACAGUGUAUUUUAGUGAGCAGUUUUCUCAGUCAUGCAGAAAAGGACAUACACAGGGUGUAGAUUAGAAGGAGCGCCUUUAUUGAAAUCACGUCUACCAGUCACGUUUUCUUAAAACCUCCUUGGGCUUCGUUGGCAUUAUUUGACACAUUCUGCAUUAUGCUUUAGCGUUUAAAAUGUCUCUGUAUAUUGGG